AUGCGCCUUGUUGACCUCACUCUCCCACUGUACGAUGGAAUGCCGGUCUACGACGGCGACCCGCCAGUGCGCGUCACGAAGGUGUGCACCCGGGAGAAAGACGGAUGGGAGGUGCGGGAGCUGCGGAUGAGCACCCACAGCGGCACACACGUUGAUGCGCCUGUUCACAUGCACGAAGGCGGCCGUAAUCUGGACGAGGUCCCGCUGACGCAGUUUUGCGGGCCCGCAGUGGUUGUGAGGAUAGCCGCCGCAUCGUUUCCACAGAACAAGGGGCUGCUCUUCUACGAAGCCGUGCCGGCCGACUGUGUACCGCGCAUCGUGGCCGCCAACGCCUUAUUUGUUGGUGGCCCCCUUGAGGAAGAGGCGGAGCGGCUGCUGCUGAGUCGGGGCAUCAUCACCUACACGGAGCUUGUGAACGUUGAGGAACUCAUUGGUGAGUCCUUCACGUUUUACGGACUUCCGCUUCGUAUUCGGGGCGGCGACGGCUCGCCGGUGCGCGCGGUCGCAGUCAUCGACGACAAGUAG